CUUCACAUCUGCGGGAGGCAGUAGUGAUUGGUCAGGUCUGGAUCCGACAUGGCGGCCAACGCAACUACCAACCCGUCUCAGCUCCUGCCGCUCGAACUUGUGGACAAAUGCAUAGGUUCACGCAUUCAUAUUGUGAUGAAGAGUGAUAAAGAAAUUGUUGGAACACUUCUAGGAUUUGAUGACUUUGUCAAUAUGGUGUUAGAGGAUGUUACAGAAUUUGAGAUUACACCCGAGGGUAGAAGAAUCACAAAGCUAGACCAGAUUUUGCUAAAUGGAAAUAACAUAACAAUGCUGGUUCCUGGAGGAGAAGGACCUGAAGUAUAAAUUGAUACAGUUGUCAUCUAUGAAGACAUGUUUUAUAUAUAUAUAAAAAAUUUAAAUAGAGCUUUUGGGAUAUGGGUGUGGGUGGGUUUUGGUGUGAGUUGAGGGUCGUUUUUUUGUUUGCUUUUGUUUUGUUUACACACUCUUGCAGUUGACAUUUGAUAAAAGACAAGGAUUUCCCCUUCAGGAAAGGUGCAUUGCUAAUGAUAAUGCUGACUUUGUAAGUUGAAAUCAUGACUUUCUUGUAAAGAUGCAAUAAUCUAUUCUGAAUAAAAGGCUUUCUUUUUGUUA